AAUUAAAAUUAUUCUGCAAAAUGUAAUAUUUAAAAACUUUCUACGAAGUGUUUUGAGUAACUUAUUUAAUUUAGACCAGAUCCAAUUACUUUGCACUUUGUUCUUGUCGCCUUUUUUCAUUUUUCAUGUCUUCAGUUGAUGUCAAAGCUCUAGAAUUACUAACAUGUCCCUGAAUGUCAGCAUAACUGGCCUAUGGGAAGACACAAAUCCCCUCAGGAUCUGCAGGUGGAGCGGAGCUCAGGGGUCAGAAUGGGCCUCCUGUUCAGCCCCACUUGCACUGGAUGUCACUUUAAAGUGGAGUAUAUCUUCACAGAAGUAACUGAAAAAGAUCCUUCAGCAGGAGGUCUGGGAUUUUUCAGGAAUAUGCAACCAUAGCUCUUGGGUUUACAUAAAUCAAGAAUGCCACCCUUCAAAGAAGUGCUGGCGAUUGCAGCCCUCAUUUUCAACCUGGGACUGACUCGGGCCCAGACGUUGCCCAGCUUUGAUCUGCUGGAGGAGUUUCAUGUGCCUGAGGCAACUGGCGUGAGGAGAGUGGAUGGAUCGCAACCAGAGGCUGUUGCCUAUCGUGUAAACCCCUCCAUCCAGCUACAAAAGGCUGUGAGGGAUGUUUAUCCAGACGGACUUCCCUCCGAAUACUCCAUCAUUGCAACAUUUAAGGUGACAAAUGACACUGCUCAGACAUCAUGGAAUCUGUGGGAAGUCAGCGACCCACAGGGACAAGAGAAAGUUGGCUUGCGUUUCCACAGCAACACACGCUUGUUAGACUUUUUCUACACCAGUCCCCAUGGGAGUCACAUGUUGCGGUCUUUUCACGGCAUGGAAAAGUUAUUUGAUGGAGGGUGGCAUAAGCUGGCUCUGAGUGUGAAGGGCAGGCAGGUGAGGCUGCUGAUAGACUGUGAGGAGGUAAGAGUGGAGCCUGUUGAUGGGCCAAGACCUGUCAUUCGCCAAGGAUAUACUUCCAUUGUCAAGAGGGCUAUAGGAGACCGCUCAACUUUGGUGGAUCUCCAGCAGAUGAAAGUGUCCUGUGACCCAGAGCAGGCCUAUUCCGAAGGCUGCUGUGAGCUUUCCAGUGCAUGUGGAGGGUAUGCAGAAAUAGGUUUAACAGGUCGAAGAGCAUCUUGCAAAUGUUUGCAUGGACAACCUGGCAUUCAGGGCCCCCCUGGGACAAAGGGUCACCGGGGUCUUCCAGGAAAUACAGGUGACCCAGGAAGACAAGGCAGUUGGGGAAUCCGGGGAAACACAGGAGACUAUGGCAACAUUGGUGAAACUGGACCAAAGGGUGAACAGGGAAUCAGAGGCGAGAAAGGGAUGAGAGGACCUUGGGGCCAAGUGGGUGACAGAGGUCCAAAGGGACUGAAAGGACUGAAGGGGGCAGCAGGAUUCAAGGGAGUUCGAGGACCUCAUGGAGACAUUGGAGAAACGGGAAGACCAGGAGAAAUUGGUACUAAAGGUGUCAAAGGAUAUGGAGGGAUUCCUGGAUUUCAAGGCAUUAAGGGCCAAACGGGGCCCACUGGUGCAACAGGUCGGGCGGGACCAAGAGGAAAGCAGGGCAUUGUGGGGGAUCCUGGAGAAAGGGGAGCUUCUGGAGAGAAAGGACAGCCGGGUGUCCCUGGACCAGUGGGCAGAAUUGGCACUAUUGGAGCAAAAGGUAUUCUGGGAGAUCCAGGUUUGCCUGGCAGAGAUGGUGAUCCCGGAAUAGAGGCUUAUCAAGGACCACAAGGCCCCAUUGGAAAGCACGGACAAAGUGGAGCCAAGGGGGAAAAAGGUGCCCAGGGGUCAACAGGAGAAAUGGGUCCCCAAGGUCGAACUGGCCCAAGAGGCUACAAGGGUUCAGCAGGGAAGCCAGGAAGACCUGGAUUUAUUGGCCCACCUGGGCCUACUGGUCACGUGGGUGUGCCUGGAAAACCUGGAACAAAGGGUGAAACAGGAAUCCAGGGCAUAAAAGGAGCCAAGGGUGCACAGGGGGAAAAAGGAGUUAAAGGACCCAAAGGAAGGAUUGGAGACAGAGGAGAGCAAGGUCCUCAGGGAGGACGAGGAAAGCGUGGCCCUGCAGGCCCAACUGGUCGUUUUGGUCCAGUUGGACUAAAGGGAGUCCGAGGUGAAGGUGGACCGGAUGGGUUUCAAGGGCUCCCAGGCCCUCCAGGCCAGACACUCCCAGCUGAGCAUGUGAUCGAAGUCUGUAAAAAAGUGGUUCUGGAGCAGAUGUCCACCUUUGCAAACUCAGUGAAAAGAACAUGUGCUGCUGUUUGUCCUCUUUAUGGAGACGUUCCCAUGGGUGCCCCGGGUCCUCCGGGACAGAAAGGACAGCCAGGACCUCCUGGGGAGCCUGGUAUUGAUGGUGUUGAUGGAGAAAUGGGUCCACCAGGAUUCUAUGGAGAAGCUGGAGAGCCAGGCCGCCAAGGAGAACUAGGUAGCAGAGGAGAGCGGGGUGACAAAGGAGCCAAGGGUUACAGCAUUCUUGGCUACACUGGAGAUCAAGGACCAUUGGGUCAGCGUGGCCGCCCCGGUAGAGCUUUUGAUGGCCAACCUGGCAAACCAGGUGAGAGGGGACACGUAGGCCAGCCUGGACUCAGGGGCCAUGCAGGUCUGAGGGGAUCUCCAGGUGUCUGCGUCACCUCUGGGUGUGUUCAGCCAAACUCCAGUAGUGGGACACCCCGACCAGCACCACGGAGAAUGAGGACUCGGACUUGAAAGAAAGCAAUGGCUAUGUGGACGACAAACCAAACAUAAAGCUUAAAAGGACCUUUUGUGUCAAAGUCGAUAUAUGUUGCUUAAAGCAUUUUUGUGUAUAUAUGAAAUAUUAACUGGGUUCUUGGUAACUAACAUGUAUUUGUUGGAUACAGAUAUCUAAAAAAAUGUAACAAAAACUGUAUAAAAAUACAAAGUUCUGUUGAACAUUUUAUUUCUUUUAAGUCAUUUAAGGUAUUUUAAAUGCAUAUGCUUUGUAAUAAAAUUUUCAAAAGUA